UUACACUGAUUUACACAUAAAUUUAAUAUGCAUUUUCAAAGUAAUACUAGUACGGAAUACCGUUUUAAAAUAUUCAUGAGGAGUCAAUGUUAAAUUUUACUAGGGUCUAUUUGUUUUAUUGGCACAUAGACUCUAUACGCCAAUGCUUUUCCAUCUCAAGACGCUCAUUAACAAGAUUGUUAAAAAACCAUCAUGUAGAAGCACGAGAUUAGUUGUAAAAAUAAAAAAUUAAAAAAAAUAAAAUAAAAAUAAAAAAUAAAAGGGGGCGAGAUUACUCUGUUAACUCAUGAAGGCAUUACAGAUUUACAGUAACAGUGUAAUACUGCUCCAUUCAGGCUUCAAGCUUUUCACUUUUUGAUUCACCCUUUUACUCUUGUUCUCUCCUCUCCAUUGAAGCAUCCUCAAAAAUCUCCAUUGAACCACCUUCUCAGCUAGAUUGAAAUGGAUGUGAGUUCAAGUUUAUGAUCAUCAAGCUGACAUUAGAAUUUGUGGAUGCACAUGACUGAAUUCUUGUUCUGAAUAGAAGAAAUGGGUCCGCGGUGGAAAGGGAAAGAUGCAGAAGCAAAAGCUUUUGCUGAACCAAUGUCGGGAAUAGUUUCAGCACUUCAAUCAUCUCUAGCCACAUCAGAAUGCAGUGGAUCUAUAUCUGGUUGUAGGGUGCUUUUUGAAGCUAAUACAGAACAAUCUGAACUUCUAAACCGUGCAUGUUUUGGCCGGGUUAUUGUAACCAGCCAAAAUGAUCAACAUUGGUAUGAAUUUACUUUACAAGAAGCUUUUUACUUAUGUUAUGCAUUGAAGUGUUUGAAGAUUGUGGGAGACGACGGUGUUGUGAAAACUUUUGAGGACCUGUGGCAAUUCAUGAUUUCAAAAGUUGAAAUGUUUCCGGAGUAUUUCAAAGCAUAUGCCCAUCUAAGAAUGAACAAUUGGGUAGUUAGGUCGGGAUCCCAAUACGGUGUUGAUUAUGUUGCUUAUCGCCACCAUCCAGCUUUGGUCCAUUCAGAAUAUGCUGUUCUUGUACUAUCAGAGAGAAAUGAGAACUCCAGUGGACGGCUGAAGUUAUGGUCUGAUUUGUAUGGUACAAUUCGGCUGUGUGGUGGUGUUGCUAAGACUUUGCUAGUGUUACAUGUCCUAGGCAUUAGUAAAGACAACUCUCCAGUGUGUUUGGAGAAAUAUGAAAUAGAACCACGAAUAAUCUCUAGAUGGAUUCCAGAGCAAACUCGUGAAAAGAAAACAGAUUCUAAAAUCUGUAGUGAAGCUAAAACGCAUACUUGAUAUUUGAUUAUUUUUUUUAUUUUUUAAAGAUAACAAUAGUAUACUUUGUUUUGGAUUUUGCUACGUUAUUUAGUAACUUAUAGUCCUCUUUUUUUACAUGGGUAUGAAAGAGGUCGAAGCACCCCGUCUGUUUAGCAUCAUUUGCAUUAAUCUCGUAUGUCCAUACAUUUGUAAUGCUGACAGCUAUUCAGCAGCUUCAUUACUUGUCUGCUUGUCGAGCUUGAUGCUCACCUAUUUGUUGUGAGAAUUCGAUAUAGAAUGUACUCAUCAGGAGCUGUAUGAAGAUUGGUACUAGGAUCCAGAGGUUUUCCGUUGAUAGGUAGGCUCUCUAAUCGGCCCUCAUCCAAGGUGUGCCAUUCUGCGCUCUAAAGAAUGUUCACUGUUGUAAGUUUGUAAAAUUCGCAUAUCAAGCUAGGGUGUAUGAAAUUGAAAAGUAGAAGGUCAACUAAACUUGAGGUGGAAUUGGUUUAGAAAAUUUUGAGGAGCCUGCAUCACAUGUUUUACUGCAACAGCAACCAUCCUGUGUUUCCCCUUAGCUACCCAUGA